AUGGACCGGGAGGAGGCUCCACCCCCAUACUCGCCCGUUGACCCAUUACUUGCACCGGCGAACAGCCGGAAUGGCGUAUCUCCCGCAAUCCCUCUUGGGGGAAAUGUGUCCCCCUCGCAGGCGCAGGGCGCCAGUUCCUCUCGCAUUCCCGCACAGCCGACGGUCGUACCGACGCAGUUCACAUCCGCUGCCGCGUACUUUGAGGAACGGGUCCCCUCGAUUUUGGAUGAGAGCCGGGAGCUCCUGCAACAUCAUAUGACUAUUUACCCCCGAAGCCAAGCGAAGGAUUUCCCGCGCCGACCGCGAUGCUGGGCCGCGCGGUUCAAUGAGAUCGCCCAGCAGGACUGGGAUAUGUUCUUGAAGUAUCUCUUUCCGCCUCAUCUAGGUCUCGCCGCAUCAUCGCAGCAUCUACCACGUCAAUUACGAGCGGAAAUUAGACGGGACCGAAAAGAUCGCCCGCAGGAGAACGAUGAGCAGCGCAGAGCUCGUAUUGCUGCUGUUGUGGCGGAGUGGAACGAAUGCUUUUUCGGUUUUCGCGGUGCUCAGAUCGUCUUCGUCUACGUAGGGGAACCUGAUUCUGCCCCGUCGUCUGCUUUAUGUCCCCGAUGCUAUCCAGCAGCAACGGGAUCAAUGGAAGGUCUACCGGCUCGACAGAUGAAUGCCCCUUUGCCUGGUCCUGGGCAGCACGUUCCUUCGCAAACCCCUUGGCAGAUGCCUGGCCCUCAUUUCCACAAUCCGCUUGUGCCUGUGCACCCUCCGUAUGGAGCAUACGGUGUUCCUACAUACCCGCCCUCGGUGUCCCCCAACCAGCCGCCUCAGUACUACCCCCAUCCACAGCCACAAGGGGUCUGGCAAUACAACCACUGGACAUAUCCGCAGCAACAGCCACAGUAUAACAACAACACUUCUAAGGGUGGGUCUCUAGGAUGGAUUUCACAACUCGCAUCACAAGCGCAGAAGUAUGGGGAGCGCUUCAGCGAACAGGCCUUACACUACGGCGAUCAGAUCAGCGCACAGGCACAGCACUAUGGACGACAGGUCGAGGAGCAGGCUCUCGCCCAUGCCCGGUGGCUUGAAGAGCAAGCACGGCUUCACGGCCGGAAAGCGCCAAUGGUCGGUGCACAGUAUGCAGGUUAUUAUGGUCAACCAACCUGGGAUAACUCGCCUCGACCGAUGACGCAUCCCAUGCCCAUCCAGACUCCGAGUCCAGUGGCAAGUCCAAACACGACGACUGGGGUUGAAAUAAGCAAUCAGACCAUGGACAGCGACAAGCUUAAGGCCUUAACUGAACCGCAAAAGCCGGAGCCUCCUGCGGCAGAACACACUCGAAGAGCCUCAGUGAGCUCCAUAUCGUCCGAGUCUUCAUUCAGCUCCAUCGACUCAAUCUCUACAACGUCCGACCUGGGCAUUUCAGAUCUUGCCACAGUGCGCACUCAAUUAGAACUACUGGACGAUCGUCAUGAUCGAAUAUUAUACGAAGCCGCCGUCGAGCUCCGCCGACAACUCUCCAUCCUACGGGAAUCCCGGCGAGAAGCCAAGUUCUCUGGUAAGAACUGGCGAGCCGGUUUCAACCAGAGCCAAAAUAACUCAUCCGACGACACCGACUGGGGCCGCUGGGAUUCACCCGAGCAGCAAGAACGUAACUCAGUCGACAGACGCGCCAUGAAAGAGGAAUUGCGCGCCACCAAGAAAGCGUUCCGGGAGACGCUCCGUCGCGCGCGCGAAGAACAGCGUGACCGUCGACGCACUCGACGUCGGCAGGUCCGGAAAUACCGCGACAAUGAUGGCGAGGCAAAGGCAAACGAGCCACUGGAGCAACAGGUUGGGACACUGCGCUUGGAGGAUCCUAGUCAGCCUGUGUCGUCUCCAGUCGACGUACAAGCGGUCAAUCCACUUCCUGUUUCUAACUCGAGUGUCGGCUUUGGUUUUGCUUCCCACGCACAUACUGUCUCGCAGGAGAGUACGCAGGAAUCGGGGGGCUCUGCUGGCUCCGGGAAGAAAGAGAAGCCCGGUGAUACAUCGAGUCGGUUGAAGGGUAUAUUCUUACCGCGCAAGGCGAGAAGGCAGCAAUCGAAGGAGGAGGAUGAGGAAGGUAAAUAG